UAAACAAAGUAAACUGUACAAACAAUUUCAUAAGCAAUUUGCAGUUAAAAAUUUUAUGGUAUCAUUUUGUUUUUAAAUAUUGUUUAAAACACGAAUCCCAAAUUGAAGUUUCAGUAAUAAAAAAAAAAUGUCUGCACCCGUUGAAAAUUUGGUAACAUUAGAAAAUUUGGAAUCAAGCUCAGACAUUUUUGCCCAUUUACUCAAGCGACACCAGGACAAAUUUCCGGAUGAUGGGACUGAAAAUAAAUGGAAAUGUCCACAAAUAACUAUAAUUUUCGGUAGUGGUGAUAUGAACCAAGCUGCAGAGGCAAUAGUCAAGGACCUAAGCCACACGAUGGGAAGUGGAUUAAUAACAAGUGUUCUUGUAGAGGAAUAUGUCCGGGACGAUAUGAUAAAAAAAAUCCGUGCAAAAUUAAUACCAAUGGACGAACGGUUGAAAAUUCAUCCAAAUUACCUUAAAUCUGUGAAUCUUAUUGACCGUAUGAAUUGCUCAACAAUACACAUUGAGGAAUAUGAAGAAGCAGAUACAAAAAAACAGUAUGGUCAUAGGAAAAAAGGGUCUCCAAUAGUAGUUUUGGACUUUCCUCAAUACUAUUUUGGGGAGUCCUCUGCCAUUAUUACUAUGAGUGCUUUUAAAAAUCUUGAUGAAUUAAUAAUGCUUUAUAGAAGAGAAAGAUUAAGCUUUGAUUCCAUUUCAGUUUGGUCUUCUAAAUUAGCUCAGUGUUUUGAUCUUGUAACAAGAAUUCCACAAGGUGUUCAUUGGACGUUUAACUACAAGAGUAUAUCCACAAAGUCGCCGCUACAGUUUUCACUGCCAAAUUCAGAAGUAUCUAUUAUGCAAAAUAUACAUUUUGAGACUCUUUCUACUGCUGGAAAUAUAAAGACGAUAGCUUUCCAGAUUAAAUAAAACUUUAAAAUAAAUGAAAAAUAAUACUAAAA